AUGCGAGCUCCGAAUAUUGCCUGGCCGGGCUUUCUGACCCUGUCGAGGAGAACUAUUCAACGUCCAGAGGAUGACCCUGCUGCGUUGGUCCUGGAAGCCUGGUCCCAGGGCCUCAUGACGGGCUCACUAGUCAUCAUGGCGGCGGUCACAUUUGCAAACAUGCGGCGGGGCGUCUUGCUGCACAAGCUGAUUUUACUAGAGUUGGUCUUGGCCACCGCUCACGGAACCUUUAUAUUUGCCCCAGACCCUGUAUAUGGAUGGUACCUGGCCUCAACCGCAAUCGGAUUGAUUAUAUCUUGGUCCCUGCACAAUGUGAUUGCGUGGAUGAAGAAUCGGCCAUUCAUGGGCCGUAAACUGUCUCUCUUCUAUAUCGGCACGAUUGUCCUGGCCCAGCCCUACUGGGCGGUCGAGAUAUACGCCAACUUCACCUACUUUAACAAUAUCAGUCUUGUUGCGUACGAAAAGAUCCGUCCAUGGGAAGCACUGUUCCGAGACCCCUGGUGGAUUUACACAACCUGUAAUCUCUUCUGGGUGGUAAAAAUACAUUACAACUUCGGACUCAUUGAGCUCGUGCGCGAAUGCCCCCGUUUCGGCCUCAUGCUGGGCUCAAUGUGCCUUUCUAUCCUGUUCAGUGUUGCCGACGUUCUCAGCGUUACCGGCGUACUUAGCGCGGCAAUGCCCACUGGAAUCAACCCUUUCUGGAAGCUAUGCUUCAUGUUCAAAUGCCUCUGUGACACUAUUAUUCUGGAUGACUUCAAGACCGCACUUGAUAAGCUCAGUACUGGAUGGCUCGCACGGAAUGGAAUGCACACAAUAGGUCAGCACACAGUAGACUUUAGGAGUCACCCCACUUUCAAAGAUGAGCGAGCUCCGCCCAAUGCCGACGAUAAUAUUUCCUUCAAAUACUCUGUCAGCGCUGUACAUAUUGAAUGA